AUGAAUAUAAGGUUGGUAGGAUUAAAUCGAGUUUAUUUUUUAGGAUUUGUAUUGUUCGUUUCGUGUGGGCUUAGGUGUGGGUAUGCCUUGUACAACGGUAACCCGCAUGUGGUGGAGCUCACGCCAUUUAACUUCAAGGAUCUAGUCGUUAAAAGUGAUGGGGUUUGGUUGGUUGAAUACUACGUGCCAUGGUGCGGCUACUGUCAGAGACUAGCUCCUGAUUUCAAGCUUGCAGCUGAAGCAUUAAAGGGCAUUAUCAAGGUUGGAGCUGUAAAUGGUGAGAAAUAUAAAAUGUUCAUCGCCGAAGCAGACAUCAAAUCCUACCCCACUUUAAAGAUUUUUACAAAUACGACAAACUUUAUCUACAAAGGCAGAAGAGUGGUAGAAGGUUUGGUUGAAGCCUGCUUAACUGCCUCGAGGUACGAAGUCUAUAAGCGCCUCGGCAAGAACCCAGACGAUUACUCAUCGAUUAAAAUAAAGGCCUUAAGAGAAUUUGAUGCACUCGUUAAGAAUUACCUGCCUCAAAGUAAAGUGUUAAAUGAGAAUAAUGAUUGCAAAAUAAAAAAAUAAUGUGGAA